UGCUAUCAGCGUCGCUGGCUAAGUGGUUGAACAUGGAGAGAGGAUGUUAUUUUACCUCGUUGGCAUCUUAUACUUGUGUGGGUUUCUUAGAAAUGAAGUUCUGCCCUUCCAGCUCCCAGGUGUGCAGCAUUUGGAUGGCUUUUGUCUUCUAGAGGACAGUAGCGCAGCUCUCAGACUCGACCCGGAGACCCUGAGUCACCAAAGGCAGAAGCAGAAGUUACUGGAGACAGAGAUCAGCACCAGAAGGAAGGAGUGUGAAGCACUCGAGGCAGAGGUGAAGAAAAAGAAUCAAACAUGUCAGACUUUGGAGAAUGAGCUUCAAGAUUUCCUCCAGGAGAACAAGCACUUGAACCUCCAGUUGUUCAACAGCAGCCACAAGGCGUCUGAGUAUGAGAAGGUGAAGUCUGAGUAUGCCAAGCUCAAAGAGACCCUUGGUGCUGUGACGCAGGAGAGAGAUUUAGCCCUGUGGGAGAGGAACCAGCUCCAAGACAAACUGGAGAACCUAGAGCAGGUGCUCAAGCAUAUGCGCGAGGCUGCGGAGCGGAGGCAGCAGCUAGAGUUGGAGCAUGAGCAGGCCUUGGCUGUACUCAAUGCAAAGCAGCAGGAGAUUGACCUUCUUCAGAAGGCUCAGGUUGAGGCUAAAAAGGAACAUGAAGGCGCUGUCCAUCUGUUAGAGAACCACUUGGACAGCAUGCAGGCCAAAGUUCGCGAGCUGGAGGAAAAAUGUCGGACUCAGAGUGAGCAGUUCAACCUCCUGUCAAAAGAGCUGGAGAAGUUCCGGCUGCAGGCCGGGAAGUUCGACAUCCUCAGCACUGAACCCUUAACUUUAUGUGAAUCUCCCGGGUCACCUAACAAAUCCCUGUCACAGCUCCUUAAUGGACUGGCUGCCCCCAUAGGAAAAGGCAAUGAGGCUCCAACAAGCAGAUCUUUGAUAUCUGAGUUCAUCCGACCGCUCCAGAUCAGUGGAGACAAGCCGGAGCUCCUCUCCGUCAAGCCAACAUUCCUCACUCGCAGUCGAGCACGCAGCCCGGCGCGGAUGGACAAAGAGCUCAGCUCAACUACCAGGUCCAAGCCGAGGUUCACAGGGAAGGUUCGUCUGUGCAUCGCUCGGUACAGUUACAAUCCUUACGAUGGGCCUAACGAGCAUCCUGAGGCAGAGCUCCCCCUGGUGGCCGGGAAGUACCUCUACGUUUACGGGACGAUGGAUGAGGACGGUUUUUACGAAGGAGAGCUGCUGGACGGACAGCGGGGACUCGUCCCAUCCAAUUUUGUGGAUUUUGUCCAAGAUGAGGAGACGCCGUCUGUCCAACACAGGGACACAGUAGCUAAAGAACCUGGCUACCUCAACCACAGUAGCCUGGGGCCUCAGAGACUGGGGGUCGGCACAGGGACGGGAACAGGCAUAAGCAGCUUGCUGUCUGACAGUAAACUAGACUGUCUGAGCACCAGCAGCUUGGGCAUGGACCUCCUGGGCUCCUCCAGCAACGGGACAGGAACUUUGGAUGUCAGCAUUGACGAGGUCGGUGAAGACAUUGUGCCUUAUCCCCGCCGCAUCAACCUGAUUAAACAACUUGCCAAGAGUGUGAUUAUUGGCUGGGAUCCUCCUGUGGUCCCACCGGGCUGGGGCUCCAUCAGUGGCUACAAUGUCUUGGUGGAUAAGGAGUUACGCAUGAGUGUCCCCUACGGGGGCAGGACAAAGUCUCUUAUUGAAAAGCUCAAUCUGGCCACCAACACCUACCGUAUCUCAGUGCAGAGCAUCACCGACCGUGGCCCGUCGGACGAGCUGCGGUGCACUAUGCUCGUGGGAAAGGAUGUGGUGGUGGCACCUUACUACCUGCGGGUGGACAGCAUCACGCAGGUCUCCGCUGAGCUCUCCUGGAUGCCCAGCAACAGCAACUACAGUCACACCAUCUUCCUCAACGGUGCAGAGUACGACAUGGUCAAGGCGGGGGGUUAUAAGUACAAGUUCUUCAACUUGAAGCCCAUGACAGUUUACAAGGUGAAGGUUGUGGCGCAGCCGCAUCAGGUGCCUUGGCAGCUUCCGAUGGAUCAAAGGGAGAAGAGGGAAAUCUCUGUGGAGUUCUGCACUCAGCCUGCAGGGCCCCCUCUCCCUCCCCAGGAGGUGCAGGUCCAGUGUGGUCAGACGCCCGGGGUCCUGCAGGUCAGAUGGAAGCCGCCGCCUCUGACGUCUUCAGGGACCUCCAACGGGGCCAGUGUGAUUGGUUAUGCCGUGUGCACAAAGGGACAAAAGAUAGCAGAGGUCUUAUACCCCACAGCAGACUAUGUGACCGUGGAGUUAAACAGGAUUCAGUGUCUGGAGGCCAGGGAAGUCAUUGUAAGGACGUUGUCAACACAAGGAGAGUCCCAGGACUCGCCCGUGGCCAUCAUCCCGCACAAUCUCUUGGUCCCACCCGGUCCUCAUUUCCAGCGCCACCCCAUGCCCAAGUCCAAACUGUUAGUAAGUGCCAGAGAGCCAGAAACCAAAGAGCAUGAGGUGGGCCUGCGAUCGGCCCAGCCCUGGGAGCGAUCCCCCUCUCCGCUGCCUGCCAUGCACGGAUCCAACCUGGAGCCGCCGCACUUCCAGCCCCGGCGAUCGCCCUCUCCUCAGAGGAUCCUGCCGCAGCCUCAGGGAGUCCCCAUCCCCAACACCAUUGCCAAGGCCAUGGCCAGGGAAGCUGCCCAGAGAGUGUUUGCUGAGGGCAACCGGGUUGAGAAAAGGAAUAUCUUCAGUGAGCGAGGUAACGCCUUGCAUCCACUCAACUCUGAUGAGGAGGAGGACGGCUAUGACUCUCCUCAUGCGAGGAGGAGAGGAGCCUCGGUGGACGAAUUCCUCAGAGGCUCCGAGCUGGGCAGACAGCACCAUCAUCACCACUACAGCCACAGCGAGGAGUACCACACGGAGAGCAGCCGGGGUUCUGACCUGUCUGACAUCAUGGAGGAGGACGAGGAAGACCUGUACUCUGAGAUGCAGCUGGAGGAAGGCCGCAGGCGCAGCAUCAACUCUCACAACACUCUCAAGAUCAUUGGGAACUCGCCGUCACAUGGAAGCGCCGAUCGUCUGGACCACUCAGGGAGGAGGCUGGUUCACAUCGGCACCCCCCCUCAGCAACGGCCCAUCCCAUCCAUUGAGAUCACCAUGGACAGUAACAGUGAGGGGAGUGAGGGGAACCUCUCACCCGUCAAGGAGGAUGUUUACUAUGGCAGUGUAGCUCGGCGCAGGAUAUGGCGAUCUAUGUCCUCAGAGGAUCAAUAUGACGGCUAUGGCGGGCGCAGGCACGGGCGGGGACGGCGCUCCCUGGAUUACUACGAGGAGUCGGAGCCGGAGGAGCUGACCCGCGUGUUUGUGGCUCUCUUUGACUACGACCCCAUGUCCAUGUCGCCCAACCCCGACGCUGCUGACGAGGAGCUGCCGUUCAAGGAGGGCCAGAUCAUCAAGGUGUUUGGGAAUAAAGACACGGAUGGCUUCUACAGGGCAGAGAUCCGAGACCGGGUGGGUCUGAUCCCCUGUAACAUGGUCUCCGAGAUCCAAACGGAGGAUGACGAAAUGAUGGACCAGCUGCUCAAACAGGGUUUCCUGCCACUCAACACUCCUGUGGAGAAGUUAGAGAGGAACAGGCGGAGCGGCCGUCAGCAUCCGAUGUCGACUCGGAGGAUGGUGGCUCUGUAUGACUACGACCCCCGAGAGAGCUCCCCUAACGUUGAUGUAGAGGCUGAGCUGACUUUCUGCGCCGGAGACGUCAUCAACGUGUUUGGUGAAAUAGACGAAGACGGCUUUUACUAUGGCGAGCUCAAUGGACACAAGGGACUUGUUCCUUCCAACUUUCUAGAAGAAGUGCCUGAUGAUGUAGAGGUUUUUCUCACGGACUCACCAUCUCGUUACGCCCAGGACACUCCAGCACGGAUAAAGACCAAAAGGGUUCCAUUGGAAAAAUCGGGUCCGCCCAGAAGAGCAGCCUCUCCCACAGUGCGUCCACACAUCCCUGGCUCUGGCCCUGCCACCGUGGGGCCCGGCAGUCCCAUCAGGGCCCCACUGGACAUGUACUCCUCCAAAAAGAAAAAGGGACUGCUCUCCAAAGGGAAGAAACUUUUGCAAAGACUUGGCGCUGUAAAAUAAUUUCUCGACAUCCACUUUGUGUUAAAAAAACAAAAAAGAUAACAGUUGACAGGUGGCAUUUGUGAGCUUAGCAGAUGCUUUAUUCUUCUACAUCUGUUGUAUACUAUAUUUGUAUUUUGUUAACAGUAUCAACUACAUAUUUUCAAUAAGACAUUUCAUAUUAUGGUCCCGAGACCUCUCGGUGCGGGCCGAUGUAGUCGUGAGCGUCUUACCUCCGAGGCUCUGGCUGAUGAAGUUUUGCCGUGCACAGACACCGAGCCCGGGGCAUUCUCCUUUUCGCACUUGGUCAAGUUUGACGGCACUUAAUGCACCAGAUUACGAGUGUGACCAGUGUCUCUGCGUACAGAAAGCAGAAUGUCAUCCAGACACAGAGGGCUCAAUUCAACCUCUGAGUCCGUUUAGGAUCCGAACAGAAAGUUGGACAUGGAGGGCCUCGACUCGAAAACGGCCGGUCGCUAAUGACGCGAGAGGUUUGCAUGCUUUACUUCAGCACAUUCCCUCCUGAUCCCUCGAGUGCGUGCCACGCGAGGGGCUCGGCGUGGACCCUGGAGCGUGCAGUACUUUAAAACGGCGUGGCUGACCUGCUGUGCAGUAUACUGUGACAAAUCAACAGUUAACUCCUGUUCUGCCCCAUUUCAACAACUGUGACGGAGGCAAGAGUUCCCCCGCAAACAUGUCAGACACCUACAAAACAAGCACACGCUGUACCUACUACAGGGCCUCUGCAGUAAAAUCAGCCUGAAUGGAAAUGCCUAGUCAAUCCAACCUCCAUGUAUUUGCCUUAUAAUCGCACAAUGGUUAGUACGUCGUCCGGUAGAGCGUGCACUUCCAUGCCUACUGCUCGUUUAUGUUGUUACUUCAUAAAACAAGAUCUGUUUGCAGAUGUUAAUCCUGACUCGUGAUGUGCAGGGUAUCGUGUGACUGUCGUGAUUCCCCCAUAGGACCAGAGCUUACAUUUAACCGUCCGUCGCCCACAGUUCAGCCCAAAAAACAAAUGGUUAUUUGUUAUUUUAGAAAAUAUUGAAAAAGCCAGAAAGGGCAAAAGUUCUCCCUGUGCACCAGUUUUUUGGGCCUCUGAGAAAACGAAGGCACUUUAUUUUGAUUUGAGUUCACUGUUUUUGAUGCCACACUGAUGCACAUCUGAUUUAAAGCAGCCUGCUCUACAAAGGAAGCGACGCUACACGAACAGAUUUUAAAAAAACGAGUGGUCGAUCUGUGCGAUUUAGCAUCGGCAGACUGACUUCUGCGGUACUGCGUUUGAUUCCUAACAUGCAACACUUUUGGGCUUCGCUAGAAGACUAAAGGUUUGACUGUUUUCACAGAAGUUAAUGGUGAGACACAAGGCUACCUCUACGCUGCCCCUCUACCCGUCUACCCCCAAAUCUAUUGAUCUGAAAUAUGUUUAUUCAAGCCAAUCUGUCAUCAAUGCCUGUUCAGUGUGUCCCGAGUUAUGUUGGUGCAGGAUACAAGUACUGUAUAUCAAUAUAUAUAUAUAUAAAUCUAUCUACACCUUAAUGUAGAGUAGUGAAUGUAUGAUGAAUUGAAAGCCAAUGUAUUUUCAAAGCUGCCCAAAAGGAUUGUGCAGAUGUCCGUCUUUGUGCGUGAAAUGAAACAGUCCACCUUUAUUUCCUCACAUCAUCCUGUUUUCCAUGUCAUCCUCACGUAUUUUCAAAUCGAGCCUAUUUUUUCUACACACACACACACACACACACACGAGUUGAACUGAAACUGCCAAAAAAGAAUGUAUGCAAAACAUUCUGUAAUACUUUCUGUACAAUUCUCGGCCAACAGCCAUGUCAACCUACGGUAAACUAAUGUACAUCUUUUCCUAUUCCUGGACCACGUCUUCAGACAUUGCUUCUGUUCAUUUUGAGUGACUGUUGCUCUUUUUGUACUUAAUCCAUUUGUAAAAUUGUUUUUAAAUGUUUAUACUUGAUUUUCAAACUGCCUUUUUUGUACAUUUAACUUUAUAAUCAAACAGUGCAAGCUUUCCCCAUGGUGUCUUGAAGACCAUAUUGUUUAAAAGUCUGCAGUUGUGUGCUAGCUUUAUGAUAAGAAUUAUCAGCCUAUAUUGAUGGUUACAAAUUAUUG